GUCACUUCCGUAAAUAAUUGGCGGGAGAUGUAAAGAACCAGGAAGUAGUUUGUUUUUUAGAGGCAGGAUUGGAGCAAACGAGUUCGACAACAAAUCGGUAGUAGAAAUAUUCUCUUUUGUAAAAAAAAAAAAAAAAAUGGAUAAUACCACACCGCUACAAACAGAUGGCUGGAAGAACAGUAAAGAGGCGGUUGCAAACUUCCGUCGACUGUUGCUUUGCUCCAAAUGCUCAAAUUUGAUGGAGGAGCCGGUGUGUCUGGGGAUGUGCGAGCAUAUGCUGUGCAGGUCUUGUGCUGGCCCCCGGGCAGGAGACGGCUGCGCGGUGUGUCUCAGCCCUGCGUGGGUGAAGGACAUCCAAAUCAACAGGCAGCUUAGCAGCACCAUACAGCUCUUCAGUGACUUGGAGUCCCUGCUUAAUCCCACGGAACAAGCAGACUCUGUUGCUGAGGUCAGUUCGCAGGCGGAGGCUGCAGUCCUCAAACACAAGAAGAACUUUAAGAUCUGGUUCAGUCCUCGCAGUCGAAAGGUGCACUGCAAGGUCGAGAAGCCUUUAGAGGUCACUGCUCCAGACAGGAAGUCCUCUGAAGAACAGCCUGCUGCUCAGUCCAAAGUCCCCGCAGCUCAGUGCCGGGACCUUUCAGUGUUUAAUUUCACUUCGUCCUCCCAAGACUCUUCGUCUUCACAAAAUGAAAGUAACGUAAACAGUAAAGGAAAGAAAAGAACUAAGAAAACUGAUACUACAAGGCAGGUUCAAGGGCGCACCAGUACCACACGUAGACAGACUAAAGAGAAUUUGAAAAAGAAGAGGCUGGAGGCCAUAAACCAGCAGUGGGGACUUACAGACCAACAGAAUCCCUCAUCUGGACCAGAGCCAUCCUGUGCUGACGGAGCAAGAGGGUCACGUAAAAGGGUUUCUUUCUUAAGCCCUUCUGUCUCGACUGACGAGGCGCAGACUGAAGCCUCGCAGGUCCGUGAACUCAGUUUGACCAACCGCACAAUAAACGAAAGUCUCUCGGGAGGCGAGAUCAAUGUGCUGAGUCACCACAGCCAGCAUGGUCAGAGCACAGCCAGUCAGAUGUCGUCAACAAACAACCCAAAUCCAGAUGACGGUUCCAAAACAGACACAAACGCGUCUCCCCAGGAGAGUCUCUCCAAAAGAAGCAAAACAGUGGAGAGAAACUGCUCCUUGGAAACAACGCCAAAAAGACAGAGGGUUUCUCCGGGCCCAAGGAGAAAAUCACCUGGUGGAAAAGCCUCACCUUUCACUGAGCGUUUAACUUUAGCAAGCCCCGCAAGUGAAAAGAAAAAGAAGCGCCCGAGAGAAGGUAAACAGCGUAGUCCGUCUGUUGCAGCCCUCAUGUCUUCAGACAGCCACAAUAAACCCGUGUGCAGUCCUCGGUCAUCUUUCGGCCGUUCAAGCCCUGGCAGCCCUGCAGUAAUGAAGAGGAACCACAGAGGAGAGACCCCUCUACACCUUGCUGCAAUAAAGGGAGAUGUAGAUUCUGUCAACGAACUUCUGGAUCAGGGAGCCGACCCCAACCUGAAAGACAACGCCGGCUGGACACCACUGCAUGAGGCAUGUAAUCUGGGCCACCUGGCAGCUGCGAAGGUUUUGGUCGCAAGGGGAGCCCUGUUGAACACACCUGGCUAUGAAAAUGAUUCUCCGCUCCAUGAUGCUGUGAGGAAUGGACAUGCAGCCAUUGUUAAGCUGCUGCUGCAGCUCGGUGCCUCACGGAACGUUCUUAAUCUACAUGGAAAGCGUCCUGCAGAUUACGCAGUGAGCCAGGAGAUGCUGGCGAUUUUCCAGAAAGCUGCAGAAGGAACCCAAUAUGCUAAUUCGCAUACAUCUCAUAGCCCCUCAGCCACUAUCUCUGCGUCGAGUGAAAGUGCGAGAAGGGAUCAGACUUUAAUGUUAUUGGCCAGCAAGCUAUCAUCGCCAGAGCAGCGUCAGCUAGUCAAACUGAGAGUGCUACUGGGAGGAAGGAUCGUUGAUACCUUUUCUGGCUCAGGUAUGAGCCAUGUCGUCGUGCCAGAAGGACAAAUGCCCACCACCUACUCCACCCUCCUGGGUCUUCUUGCUGGCUGCUGGGUUGUCAAAUACAGCUGGGUAAAAGCAUGUCUGCAGGCGGGAAAGUGGCUGCCUGAAGCUGAGCAUGAAGCGGGAGAAGGCCCUCAGCGCAGUCGCAUCAACAGAUGUAGUUUGCUUCCACCGCUUUUCGAUGGCUGUUUCUUCUUCCUCCUCGGCUCCUUUAAGGGGACGACCAAAACCGAGCUCGCCAAGCUGUUGCGAGAAGGAGGCGGCCAACUUCUGAGCCGGCAGCCAAAGCCGGACAGCGACGUUACACAGACUCUGAAUGCAGCAGCCUACCAUGCAGAGCCAGGCUCUGACCAGGCGCUCUGCACCCAGUACAUCAUCUACGACCCACAGGGAACCUACAAGCCGGCGGUUGUCAGGCGAGGGAAAGUGUGGUCCGCUCCCUCAACCUGGAUCAUCGACUGCAUUGCAGCCUUCAGCCUCCUCCCUGUGCCUGAGCAUUAAAUUACUAUCUGUUUUUCUUCCUUUUUUAUUCAGUAUGAAUAACAUUUCUCUAGAUUUUAAUCACUCUGAAUGCUUUUUAACUUGUGGUACAUUGGUUGUUUUCUAUCACAGAUAACUAAUUCCUUUGGAAACUAAAAUAAUUAUGUAUAAUUUUAUGAUCCUGUAAGUGUUUAAAAUGACACGGAUUCUAAUAAAGUUCUUUUUAGACUUGUAUUAUUAACUAAUGUUUGCUUUCAGUGCCUCAUAAGACUGAAAUGACUACAAUGGAAAU